AUGGCCACUGCGGAAGUGCUUCUCUCCGUCUCGAUGCUCGUCGUUAUAGUCGUGUCGUUGCUGUCCAACGCCGUGGUGCUGAUCUGCUUUCUGUACAACCCGGAGAUCAGGAAGCAGGUGCCCUGCGUGUUCACCCUCAACCURACUUUCUGUAACUUGUUGCUGACUGUUUSCAACAUGCCUCUAACUCUGGCGGGWCUCGUCAACGAGGGUCAGCCUGGGAGUGACGCCUUCUGUCAGUUCGUCGGCUUCUCMGAGACUUUUUUAACGYCUAAUUCGAUGUUGAGCGUGGCCGCUCUGAGCGUCGACAGGUGGAUCGCUGUCGUGUUUCCGUUGAGGUACCAUUCUAGGAUACGACAUAGAGAUGCAGCUCUCGUGCUCGGUUACACGUGGAUACAUUGCGUGUGUUUUUCGACGGCGGCGGUUUGUCUCUCGUGGGUGGGAUACCAUCCGCUGUACGCGUCCUGCACUCUCUCCGACGCGACGGAGAACAGUCAGACCCCGUUUGUUAUCUUCACUGUGGUMUURCACUCCCUCACCUUUCUCCUGUCGUUUCUAGUCCUGUGCGUCACCUACCUGAAGGUGCUGAAGGUGGCCAGGUUCCACUGUAAACGGAUAGACGUMAUCACGAUGCAGACUUUAGUGCUGCUUGUGGAUAUUCAGCCAAG